CGCUGGAUAGGUGACGUGUUUCCGGUUUAGCUGAGCAGGGUAAACACUGCAGAGCUAACUUACAUGUUUCACUACAACUAGAGUUCACUACGUCUUUGCACUAUUUUCCACGGAUUUCUUUCUCCUACAUCUCCAGGAAUAAUAGCUGAGGAAACGCUUGUGAAACGAUCGAAAGCUCAACAUGCUUAAGGAUAACCCUUCAAUUUCGAAGAUAUAAAGAUAUUCCAAGUCUUCUAUCCUGCUUGGCUUUUCUACCUGGCAGAAGUUUGUCUCCACAAACAACCAAGAGAUUCCACAAAGAUCAGUGUUAAACUGCUCCAAUCAGUUAAGCCCAAGGCACUCAGAUCCCCACACAUCUCCAGUACCUGCAAACGUUGUUGGAUACAUUUAACAAUGAAGCCAAGUCCAGUCAGGGAGAAAACUCACCAAUGUUCAGAGUGUGGAAAGAGUUUUAGUACACAGUAUCAUCUCAUGACCCACCAGCGCAUUCACACAGGAGAGAAACCGUAUCACUGCUCAGACUGUGGGAAAAGUUUUAAUAAAAAGAGUAAUCUCGAAAGACACCAGCACAUUCACACAGAAGAAAAAACAUAUCACUGCUCAGACUGUGGGAGGAGUUUUAUUUCAAGUACUCUUCUUAACGUACACCGGGACAUUCACACAGGAGAAAAACCGUAUCGCUGCACAAGCUGUGGGAAGAGUUUUAUUAGGCAAACUUUUCUCAACAUACACCAGCGCAUUCACACUGGAGAGAGACCUUAUCUCUGCUCAGACUGUGGGAAGAGUUUUAUUACACAGUCUAAUCUCACGUCACACCAGCGCAUUCACACAGGAGAGAAACCGUAUCAGUGCUCAGUCUGUGGGAAGAGUUUUAGUCAACAGAGUAUUCUCAUAAGACACCAGCACAUUCACACAAGAGUAAAAACAUAUCCCUGCUCAGACUGUGGAAACAUCUUUAAUACACAGCGCAAUCUCACAAAACACCAGCGCAUUCACAGAGGAGAGAAACGGUAUCUCUGCUCAGACUGUGGAAAGAGUUUAAGUACACAGUAUAAUCUCACAAAACACCAGUGCAUUCACAAAGGAGAGAAACCGUAUCACUGCUCAGACUGUGGGAAGAGUUUUGUCACAAAAUAUAAACUCAAAAUACACCAGCGCAUUCACACAGGAGAGAAACCGUAUCACUGCUCAGACUGUGGGAUGAGUUUUAUCACAAAAUGUAAACUCAAAAUACACCAGCGCAUUCACACAGGAAAGAAACCAUAUCACUGCUCUGACUGUGGAGAGAGUUUAAGUUCACAGUAUAAUCUCACAAAACACCAGCGCAUUCACACAGGAGAGAAACCGUAUCACUGCUCAGACUGUGGGAAGAGUUUUAUCACAAAAUAUAAACUCAAAAUACACCAGUGCAUUCACACUGGAGAGAGACCACAUCACUGCUCAGAAUGUGGGAAGAAUUUUACUACACGUACUUUUCUCAACAGACAUCGACGCAGUCACACAGGAGAAAAACCACAUCACUGCCCAGACUGUGGGAAGGGUUUUAAAGAUCUAAGAAAUCUACGACGACACCAGUACAUUCACACAGGAGAAAAACCACAUCACUGCCAAGAGUGUGGGAAGAGUUUUAGAGAUCCAAGAAAUCUAUGGCGACACCAGUACAUUCACACUGGAGAGAAACCGUAUCACUGUACAGCUUGUGGUAAGAGCUUUAUUACACAUACGCUUUUGAUCACACACCAGCGCGUUCACACCGGAAAAGGACCAUAUCACUGCUCAGACUGCGGGAAGAGUUUUAAGCGAAUGUACGCUCUCAAAGAACACCAGAGUCUUCACACUGGAGAGAAACCGUAUCAAUGCCCAGACUGUGGGGAGAGCUUUAUUCAACUUAGUUCUGUCAUCACACACCGGCUCACUCACAUAAAGAAGGAAGAGGAGCACGAGGGUGAGACUAGCUCUAGGCAUUCAGAUACAUUAGAUAACACUCCUUCAACCAUCCCAAGCCUCAAUGCAGAUAUUAAAGUAGAGUGAAGGUGCAACUGAAGACAAAACACUACUCUUCCCUUUAACUGUGUCACAGUGGUACAGUGCCUUGAAGACUGGUUGGAGUACAUUGUUUUUCAGGGGACUGAUGUUCUGCUCAAGACCAUUAUUCGGACACUUUAAUGUUUUGGAAAGUGAGAUUGAUCAAAAGAGCAUGUUCGAACGAUGGAAUAUCAAGCUAUCUGAGUGAUUUGCUUGUGACCUCUCCUCAGGACAGAAGCAGUUGGAAAGGUGUCAAUUUCUUGAAAACUGAGGAAGGAGCUAUUCAGCUAAAACAAUCUUGUUGUGAUACAUGUGUGGAUGGAUGGAUGGACGGCUAAUUUCGCUGGUACUUGUGACCAUGUGACAAUACAGGCAUUCAUAUAUCUGUUAUUAGACAUUGCUGAUGUAGCCACAUACUGAUUUUUUAUGUAGUUAUCAGUAUGAAGAUCUAAAAUGCUUUCAAUACCAAGCAUAAAAGUAUGAACAUCUGUGAUUGUAAUAUAACAAAAGUAUUAUCAUAAUGAUAUUUUCUAUUUAUAUGUAGUAAACAUGAAUUCAUUAUUGCUUAGAUCAAGUCUUUGUUAGUUGUUAGUCUCUGUGUUGUAAUUGUGUUAACCUGUUCAUAUACAAUAUGUUUUCCUUGUAUCUGUAAUUUUUUUAGUACAUGUCAAUGGCUAGUUUUCCAGACAGAGAUUAGAAGCCUAGUCCUGGAUUAUAUACCAUAUUGAAUAGAGAUUCUUCACUGAAAGGAAAAUAAAUAGUCCAGCACUAUUGUUGUGUACAAGUUGAAUUGUAGGAGUUAGUUUGACGCCUAAGGGUGGGUGCCACCAACAGCAUCUGGCUAUGAUCAUGAUAAUUUGUAAGUAUGGCAUGACAAAUAUAGUAUUAAGAUUGAAAAUUGUUUAAUUGUAACUGAAAACUGUAUAAAUAAACUGUUAAAUGUU